GCCACCAUGUGGGUGUUUCAUUUCCCAACCUCAAUUUCCCACCGAUCUAUGAACAGCAAAACCUUCCUGUGUCUUUUGUCGGAGCCAGGGUAUUCAGUUCCAUUGAAACCUUCUCUCCUGCAAUGGCAGUGGUCAAACAGAGGGCAUGUGGCCACCUGCAUCCCUGAUGGAUAUUGGGGUUGAGCUUCCUGGGAGCCCAGGCUGAGCAGCUGCUGCUCCCCCAGCGGGAUCGGGGCUGGGGAGUGACCUCUGUGCCCAGCCAAGAGUAACAAGCUUGUGGAUAGAGGGGAAGCAGUAGACCUGGUGUAUCUUGACUUUAGUAAGGCUUUUGAUCCUGUCAUGCAUGACCUUCUCCUAAACAAAGUAGAGAAAUACAGCCAAGAUGGAACUACCAUUAGGCUGCAGCGUUACGUCCCAUCCUUCCAGGGACCAGGGAAGGGAAAUGGCUGCCGUGGAGCCAGCUCAGAGGCCGGUGACUUUCGAGGAGGUGGCUGUGUAUUUCACCAAGGAAGAGUGGGCUCUGCUGGACCCCGCUCAGAGAGCCCUCUACGGAGACGUCAUGCAGGAGAACUAUGAGAAUGUGACCUCGCUGGGGUUCCCAGUUUCCAAACUCGAGGUCAUCUCCCAGCUGGAACGAGGGGAAGAGUCGUGGGCCCGAGAUCUCCAGGGCUCAGAGGAAAGAGAGAUUCUGAGAGGCAGCAGCAUGGGUGAGGGGAUGGUGAGAGAGACCAUGGAGCAGAAUCCUCAGCAGGAAGAUGAUGAAGUGGAACCACAGGGGGCAUUAUUGCAAAGAUGCACAGGGAGUGUGUCCAGGAGUUGUGAGCAGGGAAANCCUGGCUCAUCCCAUCCUCCCAUCGAACAGGGGAGAGAAAUGGCUGCAAAUGAGACAGCUCAGCAGGAGAACUAUGAGAAUGUGACCUCGCUGGGCUACAGAGUAAUGUCCACGUUUCUCUCCACAUCAUCCCAUCCUCCCACGGGGAAGGAAAUGGCUGCAAUGGAGCUGGCUCAGAGACUGGUGACUUUCGAGGAGGUGGCUGUGUAUUUCACCAGGGAAGAGGGGGCUCUCCUGGAUGCCACCCAAAGAGCCCUCUACAGGGAUGUCAUGCAGGAGAACUAUGAGACGGUGGUCUUGCUGGGGUUUCCAGUUUCCAAACCUGAUGUGAUCUCACAUUUGGAACAAGGGGAAGAGCCCUGGGUCCCGGACCUCCUGGGCUCUGAGAAAGAAGUGUUCCCAAGAGCUGCCUGCACAGGUGUUGGGAUGGUGAGUGAGAACAAGGAGAAACCCCAGCAGGAAGAUGCUGAGCAAGUAGAACCACAUGGGACGUUAUCAGUAAGAUCCAAAGGGAAUGUUUCCAGGAGUUGUGCACUCCCAGAAAAAGAAAAAGCCUCUGAGAGUCAGCACAGGCCAGAGGAAAACUUCAAUAGCCACUCAGACCUUAUUACAAGCAAAAGAAUCAACUUGGAAGGAACACACUACACAUGCCAUGAGUGUGGGAAAAGCUUCAAUGGGAGCUCUGACCUUCUCAAACAUCAGAGAAUCCACAGAGGAGAGAGACCCUACAUAUGUCCUGAAUGUGGGAAAAGGUUCAAUUGGAGCUCAGCCCUUAUCACACAUAGGAGAAUCCACACGGGUGAGAAACCUUAUGGAUGCUCUGUGUGUGGGAAAUGCUUCAAUCGGAGCUCACACCUUAUCAGACAUAGGACAGUCCACAUGGGUGAGAAACCUUAUGGAUGCUCUGAGUGUGGGAAAUGCUUCAAUCGGAGAUCAAACCUUACCGCACAUAGGAGAAUCCACAUGGGUGAGAAACCUUAUGAAUGCCCAGAGUGUGGGAAAUGCUUCAUUGAUAGUUCAGCCCUCAUCUCACAUCAGCGAAUCCACACAGGAGAGAGGCCCUACAUAUGCGCUGAGUGUGGGAAAAGCUUUAGUCAGAACUCAUACCUUAUCACACAUCAUAGAAUUCACACAGGAGAGAAACCCUACACAUGCUCUGAGUGUGGGAAACGCUUCAUUGGUAGUUCAGCCCUUACUAAACAUAAGAGAAUCCACACUGGUGAGAGACCUUACACAUGCUCUGAGUGCGGGGAAAGCUUUAAUCAGAGCUCUGUCCUGAUCACACAUAGGAGAAUCCACACAGGUGAGAAACCUUAUGGAUGCUCUGAGUGUGGGAAAUGCUUCAGUCGGAGCUCACAACUUAUCACACAUAGGAGAAUCCACACUGGAUAGAAACCCUACACAUACUCUGAAUAAGGGUAACGCUUCAGUUAUAGCUCAUCCCUUACCACAGAUCAGAGAAUCCACCCAGAAGAGAUGCUGUACACAUGCUCUGAGUGUGGAAAAUGCUUCAAUCAGAGCUCAAGCCUUAUUAGACAUCAGAAAAUCCACAUGAGAGAGAACUGUAACAAAUGCCUUGACUAGGGCUGGCCAAAGAUUUUUUUUUUAAAACACAUUUGCUAAUUACCACAUAGCAAUAUUUGCACUAUCAUCACCGUGGUCUCUCAGCUCCCCCAGAUGAGUUGCCUGGUUCUGCCUUUUGCAGCUCAUCCUUCUUUGGGGUCAGUCCUGUGAUCUUUUCUAUCAACUCCUUUUGAGUCAUAGGAGUGUGUGUCACUCCAGCCAGGAAUGUUCAUCAACUCCAGGUGGGAGACAGAGAAUUGAUCCCAAUAAGCUACACUGCAGCAAAAACUACCUGUGCCUUAAAUCCACUAGGACUGUACAUGGCAUUGGCUGCUCAUUUAAGUGAUCUUGGUGUAAAAAGACAAUUAUAGUUGUAGUGCAGAUGUAGCCCAGGUGCAGUGGUUGGCAUUAGCUUUCCCCUUGACCUGACCUAAACUCCAUCACUUUUCCUAGUCCAAACAAACCCUGAGCAUCACGGUUAUACUGUUCCCCCAUUUCAAAGCAAUUGUUAGUCAUCAAGUUCCCCCUUCGGGAACAAAUUAUUUCAUUCCCAGUAGCUUUGAUGUUGCUUCAGGUUGUGCUGGAGAGCAGAUAUUUUUACUACCAUUUUCCUCACUUAAAAUAUAUUGAACUAUAACAAAGAGCAGGAAUUGGGCAGGGAUAGGGAAAAAUGUCAUUUCCCCUCUGUAACAACAGAAGAAGAUAGGAUAAGUAAGUCAGAGGGAUUCCCUUAUUCCCCAUCACCAUCCCAAUCCCCCUGUUUUUCAAUUGGUUAGGCAAAUAUUUUCUCUAAAGGGCUGGGAAGAGGAUUCAUGCAUUGCGCUCCCAAAGCAGUUGUGAGCCAGGCCCUGCAGGAAGUUGCUCCUGAAGAUAUCUCCUUCCUGAUCAGGUGCAUGUUGUCUUUUAUUUGGGAAAUGCAAUCCCUAUCUAGGUAGAGAUGGGAAAAAUGGAACUGACAUUUCUGUUCAGCUCACCCCUGGGAGAUGCUGCAAAUGUGUAGAAAAUGAAGUCCAUGUUGAAUGUGAUAUAGCUGCAGAAAGAUACCUAUUUUUAAUAGAUACCUGACAUUUGAUGUCUUACGGGGAUUCUAAGACGCACCUGAAUUUAGUCCCUAUUUAAAUCUGUGCCAUCAGAUUAAAGAAAUAAAAGCGCAUAUUUGGGGGAGUUAUACCUCACUAUUGCUACUGAUAUGUUGUGUGUUUGGUGAAGAAUUCUACACCAGAGAAGUGUAAAAUUACUCCAAGUAAAGUCAAAGAUUUGACAAGAACUCAGAUAGAAAUUGCAGGUACUAAUGGUUGAUUUUCACUCCAGAGAUGGAAGCUAUGGUAACCUUUGGUCCAGGUAAACUAUUUUUAGAAUGCUGCUCCCCAGUUAAGUGGUAUUGAUCAUGGUCCUAAAGGAUGCAUUGAUUAAAUUGUGAAUAAUUGUCCUUUACCAUUUGGAUCCAAAGUUUCAUGAAGCACAGCGAGAAACAGCUGAUUCCUUCAGAGCCAUUCCAUGCCUAUGGGUCCCCGUCUGGCUGCCUUGUUGGACAAGAAGCACUUCCAUGCUGUGCAAAUGAUGGUAGCCAAUGGGUGUGUGUGUGUGUAUCAGAUUCCAUGUUCUGACUGCAGGAUACAUGAAUGCUGAGUCCAUUGUCUGUGAUUUGGUCUCUUAGUUUUGCUCUUGAAUCUAACGCAUUUGUAUCACUUCUCCACCUCCUGAUACUUUGAAAGAUUAGAAAGUGUGAAAGUAGAGCAGAGGUGUUUUUUCUCAUAAUGCAACCUUCCCAUGUAGUGUGAGACCCCUUCCACUCACACUUAUGGAGAAGACCCAGGGAUAAAUGAACUCACAGAAAUGGAAGGCUCCUAGGUUAUUGUAGAAUUUGACUUCACACAAAGCUCACUGGGUGGAAAUGGGAAAUAAGAGAAAACUGCCCUAUAGGUUUAUAUUUUGUAAUAUUUGAAUAAAUUGUUAUCAGCGACAAUGUAAUUAAAUAGUUAAUUAGUGUAAAGUAAGAGGCUGAUUAUGUGAUAACUUUCAGUGUUACAGUAUAAUUCAGGUUUUAUUCUAGUUUUCUCCCUGCCCCCUCCUACUAUAUAGGAAAUGGUGGCUAAUCCUGAAAUUAAAACCUCACUCCAAAGGAAUUAGAGUGGGGGAAUAUGUGAGAGAAAUAGCAUGUAUGAGAAUAGAGACCCAGUAUAGACUGUAAUUAUUUCUAUUUCAAAUGGAAUUUAUUUUGAUAAACUUUAAAAUAAAUUUUCUGUUAAGAUGAAAAUUUCUUGAGACAAGAUAUGUAACCUUUUACCCAGUUAGAGGGUAAAAGCCACAGAGUUCCAGUUCACUUGUUUGCUUAACAAAGACACAUCAGCCAGGAGAUGUCAGAAUUUAAAAUGGUGAUGGAUGCAUGAUGAUUUAUUUUUGCAACCAGUUAUUUUUAUGGGUGCUGAUACCCCUUUUCCUUUUGAGGAGGCCAGCUGUUAGAGCCCAGCUGUUUAACUCUCAGGCCUGGCCAUGGAAACCUCCCUAUAACUGGCCUUAUGUUUCUUUCAUGUUUGAUACCUUUGGGGUUCGCAUGUCUACACUACAUGUGGUUUACGACAGCAGAUACUUUGAGAAAGCUGCUGGGUUAAGCGGGACUUUUUAAAACUGACAUUGGCCCAAAUUCUGUCUCACUUCAUCUGGAGUGGGACAUGUCUGUAUCGAAGGAUUUGUUCACACCUGAUUUGCCCAGAGACCUUGGGGGAAGUGGGGUAAGCUGGAAUCUACAACAAUAAAGUUAAAGGUAAGGGUGGAGGUCCUUCAGCUUUCAGAUCAAGAAACCUGUUCUGUUCAUUCCCUCUGAAGCAUCUGGCGCUGGUCACUCUCAAGCAGCAUACUGGGCUAGAUGGACCAUUGAUCUGACCCAGUAUGACCAGUCUUGCAUUCUAUGUUAAUUAAGUCAUCUAAGAGAGGCUGACUGCCAGGAACCCAGGACUGAUCCCUCUGGGGAAUGAAGCACAACGUCAACUGGUUAUGCAGCCUUCACUAGUCUUGUACCUGAAAAGCCUACUACCCCAAAGUGCUGGACCAUAUAUGCCAUUACCUGGUUCCUCAAUUGCAUCUGCAGUUCCUACUCCAUGUGAAUCCAAAGAUGAAGAGCUGCAGAGAUCCAACCCUUUGUAAUCUUUGAAAUGUAUUUCCCUUUUUCAAU